CAUAUAUAGAACUUCAUCCUACACAAGUUCUUCACAAACCAAAAGAAUCCUUUAGCCUUGGAGAUGGAUCCCAAAAUACUUUAUUUCCUUCCUCUGGUAUAUCUCUUCACAAUUACUUUUGCUUCCACAGAGGAAGCAACAACUCUUCUUAAAUGGAAAUCAACUUUCAAAAACCAGAAUAAUUCCUUAUUGGCUUCUUGGACACUACGUCAUCCUGCUGCUGCCAAGAAUUUUUCGAGCCAUGAUCCAUGCAGGGACUGGUAUGGAGUUAAAUGCUUUAAUGGUCGAAUAAACAGGUUGAAUAUUACAAAUUCUGGCGUCAUUGGUACACUCCAUGAUUUUCCAUUUUCAUCUCUACCUUUUCUUGAAUAUAUUGAUUUUAGCAUGAACAACCUUUCUGGUCCCAUUCCUGCAGAAAUAGGGAAACUUACCAACCUUGUCGAAAUUGAUCUUGAUACAAACCAGUUAACAGGUCAUAUUCCUCCGGAAAUAGGCAACUUGAUCAAUGCAAAAUUGUUCUAUGCUUACUCCAAUGAAUUGUCUGGUUCCAUUCCUAUUGAAAUAGGGAAGAUGAAGUCACUUGAAAGUUUAAGCUUACAGAAAAACAAUCUUUCUGGUCCAAUUCCAAAAUCUUUAGAUGACUUAACUGAGCUCAAAAUUUUGUACCUUUAUUCUAACCAACUUUCUGGUCUCAUUCCUAGUGAGUUGGGGAAUCUGAAAAACCUCAAUGAGCUAGAUUUAUCCGAUAAUAAGCUUAGUGGUUCAAUUCCAAUUACUUUAGGUGACUUAACUGAGCUUGAAACUCUAUACCUUCAUUCUAACCAACUUUCUGGUCCCAUUCCUCGAGAAUUGGGGAAUUUGAAAAACCUUAACGAUCUGGAUAUAUCCGAUAAUAAGCUUAAUGGCUCAAUACCAAUUACUCUAGGUCACUUAGCUGAGCUCAAACUCUUGCAUCUUUAUUCCAACCAACUUUCUGGUCCCAUUCCUAGUGAGUUGGGGAAUCUGAAAAAAUUGAAUGAUCUGCAAUUAUCCAAUAAUCAACUUACCGGUCCUAUUCCUGGUUCAUUUGGCAAUUUGAGAAACUUGCAAUUUUUGUAUCUCCACACCAACAAACUUUCUGGUCCUAUUCCGAAAGAACUUGCAUUUUUGGAUAACUUGGUAGAGCUGAUAAUAAGUGAAAAUCAGCUUUCAGGCCAUUUGCCUGAGCAUCUUUGCCAAGGUGGGAAACUUGAGAACUUCACGGUGAAUAGUAACAAGCUUACAGGGCCAAUACCAAGAAGCUUUAGCAAGUGCUCGAGUUUCAAAAGAGUUCGGUUGGAUAACAACAGUUUUACUGGGAAUUUAUCUGAUGCUUUUGGCAUCCAUCCACACCUUUACUUCAUUAAUUUGAGCGAAAAUGAUUUUUAUGGUGAACUCAGCAGCAACUGGGGGAAAUGCAAGAGUUUGACUGAUUUGCGGGUAGCCAGAAAUAACAUUAGUGGUAGCAUACCACCGGAGAUUGGAAACCUCAAAGGGCUUCAAGGACUUAUUCUUUCAUCCAAUCAUUUGGUUGGACAGAUACCUAGGGAAUUAGGAAAAUUAACCUCUCUGGUUAAUCGUCUUUUGCGAAACAACCAAAUUUCUGGCAAUAUUCCUAUGGAACUUGGAUUAUUGACAAAGUUAGAUUACCUUGAUCUAUCAGACAAUAGAUUGAAUGGUUCGAUCCCACCGUUUAUAGGAGAUUACCAGCACCUGUUUCACUUGAACCUAAGCAACAACAAAUUUGGCCAAAAAAUUCCAAUAGAGAUUGGGAAGAUAACUCAUCUUAAUGUACUGGAUUUGAGCCGUAAUCAUCUUGUUGGAGAGAUCCCCCCUCAGUUAGCCAAUUUAAAGGUGUUGGUAAACUUAAAUCUUUCACACAAUGGCCUAUCUGGGCGCAUUCCUCAAGAAUUUGAAAGUUCAACUGGUUUGCAGGAUGUCGUAUUGUCAUACAAUCUGUUGGAAGGUCCAAUCCCUAAUAAUAAAGCUUUUAUCAAUGCCUCAUUGGAGGGUAAUAAAGGUCUUUGCGGCAAUGUAGUAGGAAUCCAUCCCUGCGGAAUGCCGUCUUCUGUGGUGAAGAAGCACUCAAUGGCGAAGGGACGUAAACUCAUCCUCAUCAUUGUACUUCCUGUUAUGGGAGCACUUGUUUUACUCUGUGUUUUCAUUGGUGUUCUCUUUAUGUGUGAUAAAAGAAGAGCUGGAGAUGUUGAAAGAAGGGAUGGUGAUGGUUGGCUUUCGAUAUCCAUGUUAGAUGGGAAGGCAUUGACUGGGAUUAAGCACCGGAACAUUGUGAACCUCUACGGCUAUUGUUCGAAAGCACAACACUUGCUCUUGGUUUAUGAGUAUGUGGAGAGGGGGAGUUUGUCUAGCAUUUUGAGCAACAAGGUUGAGUCCAAGAAAUUGGAUUGGUUUAAAAGAGUGAAUAUCAUCAAGGGUGUUGCUUUUGCUUUAUCUUACAUGCACCAGGACUGUUCACCCCCGAUUGUCCAUCGAGACAUAAGUAGCAGUAAUGUUUUGCUUGAUUCUGAGUAUGAAGCUCGUGUUGCAGACUUUGGCAUAGCGAAGCUACUCAAGCCAGAUUCAUCGAAUUGCACUGCACUUGCAGGCACAUAUGGCUAUGUUGCACCUGAGCUUGCAUAUACUAUGAAGGUUACACAAAUGUGUGAUGUCUUUAGCUUUGGAGUACUAUCAUUGGAGAUAAUAAAAGGAAAACAUCUUGGGGAAUACAUUACCGUGCUAGCAGAUUCAUCGACUAUAGAUCCUGAGCAGCUUAGCGAUUUUCUGGAUGAACGGCUUCCAUAUCCUGAAGAUAGAGUAAAAGAGGCUUUGGUUUUUAUCAUCAAGCUAGCAUGCUCUUGUUUGCUUGAAAACUCCAAAAAUUCAAGGCCAACAAUGCACUUCAUCUCUCAUAAGUUAUCAUCAAUGGAUGCACGUCCACCUAUUCAUCAGAGAAACCCCCAUGUAAGGCGAGCAAUAUAA